AUGGCGUCGCAGCUGCUGGUCUUCGACGUCAAGGAGAAGGAGACGAACUCGCCCCAGGCACCCAGCUUCCCCCAGCCGAACUCCUCGACCACCGGCUUCCCCGAGCACAAGAAGCGCACCCGCAUAUCCGCCUUCAAGCAGCAGCGCCAGGACAGGGCCUCCAACGACAAGGAAAGGGAAAAGAAGCCGCACGCACCCUUCUCGUCCUCCGAUCAACAGCAUGGGGCCCCAUUUUUGGCGGCAGCGACAGCGACAGCAGCAGCACCGGCCCAGGCCCAGGUAGCACAGAACCCCCCCGCCAUGACGGAGAAGCAGCGUAUCGACCGCGAGAACAGCCAGAGGCUAGCCUCCAUGUCGACCGCCGAGAUCGAGGAGGCAAGGCAGGAGCUGUUUGGCGACCUGGAUCCCAAGGUCCUGGAGAUGCUCCUCAAGCGGGCAAACCUGGAAGAAAGGACCGGGCCGUCGCCGUUCGACCAAGACGGCGGAUCAGCGAAGCCCCCGCCCGCCAUCCAAUUCCAAGAUACCACGGAAUCGAAGGCUUCCAAAUCAUCCAGCGGGUACAAGAAGGUACAUUUCGAAGAUGCGGCAGAUGAGGAUGCCCAGUCGUCCUCGGCGGCAGCACCACAGAGGCAACCUGAGACUCCAACAUCACGGACGGAACCCCCACUCGACGCCGGCGACCAAGAAGCCCCGACUAUACCCCACGACCACGAUCACGACCAGGACGACCUCCUGGCCGCCAAACCGCACUGGCCCCAGGCGCCCGCACCGCCGGACCUGGACCCGGCCGACCCGGACUUCCUCGACGCGCUGCACAAGAAGUACUUCCCGUCGCUGGCGGCCGACCCGUCCAAGCUCGCCUGGAUGGCGCCGCUCCCGACGCCCAACUCGCCCGCCGACCAGGAUUCGCCCUACCACCCGGCCCAGGCCUCGAUCCCCGUGUCGCAGCUGCGCUUCGACUUCCGCGGCGCGCUUCUGCCGCCCCGCAUCGCCCGCGCCGUCCCCGUCAACCGGGGGCUGCACCACCACGGCGAGGCCCCGGAGGCCGCCGGCUACACGGUCCGGGAGCUCGGCCGCCUGGCCCGCAGCGCCGUCCCCGGCCAGCGCUGCAUCGCGUUCCAGACGCUGGGCCGCAUCCUGUACCGGCUGGGGCGCGGCAACUUUGGGCGCAGGGGCGAUGCCGUGGCCGACGGCGUCUGGAGCGCCGUCGUCGAGGACAAGAUCAUGGAGAGCCUGUGGGAGGAGGCCGGUCCCACAGACGAGGACAGUGCCGCCGCCGCUGGGGAUGCAUCGCAGAAGGACGGCGACGAGGUUACUCCGCUGGGCGGCCGUGGACACAGGAGCGCGCAUGCGUUCGCCGUCGAGGCUAUCUGGCUGUUCGAGAAGGGCGGAUGGGGCCAGGCCGUGAAGAAGGAAAGCUACGUGUGA